AUGGCGAUCGUCAUUUCAAGCAAACUCCUUGAUCCCAUUGUUAGAAGUGCAAAUGUUUUGCUUUGCCAAAAGAUGAGAAGCAGCUGUGAAAGUGCCCGUAAUAUGAUUAAAGUCAGCACAGCUGUCAGAUCUGCUCUUGCAUCAAACAAGCCUGUCGUCGCCUUGGAGAGUACAAUAGUUACACAUGGGAUGCCAUAUCCACACAACCUCAGCACAGCUCAGCAAGUCGAGCACAUAGUUAGGGAAAAUGGUGCCAUUCCUGCAACAAUAGCAAUACUGUCGGGAAUAAUACAUGUAGGUUUAUCAGAUGAGCAGUUGACUAUUCUUGCGAAGAAGGAGUGCAAGCCUGUGAAAGCUUCUAUCCAUGAUCUCCCAGCUAUCAUUGCACAGAAAGGAUAUGGUGGCACGACAGUGGCAAGUACGAUGUAUGCGGCGGCGAGCGUGGGCAUUCCUGUCUUUGUCACCGGCGGCAUCGGGGGCGUCCACCGUGGAGUGGAACACACAAUGGACAUCAGCACAGAUUUGACUGAACUUGGAAGAACUGAGAUAGCUGUCGUAUCAGCUGGCGUAAAAUCGAUACUCGAUAUUGGCAGAACACUGGAGUACCUGGAAACUCUGGGCGUCUCUGUCAUCACAUAUGCCGAGGACAAGGAGUUUCCGGCGUUCUUCACCCGUAGAAGUGGUUUCCAGUCUCCCUACAAUGCAGCAACAGCGGAAGCAGCAGCUGAACUCAUAUUUUCCAGCUUCUCGCUUGGUCUUCGCCGUGGCGUCCUUGUUGCCGUGCCGAUUCCAGAGCAGGAUGCUGCAUCUUCGCAGCAGGUAGAGGAUGCUAUUCAGCGAGCGUUAGCUGAGACGAGAGAGAACAAGAUCAAGGGGAAAGAUGUGACGCCAUAUAUUCUGCAAAGAGUCAACGAGCUUACUGAGGGAAAGUCAUUACAAGCCAACAUUAGUUUGAUCAAGAACAAUGCUAAAGUCGGAGCCCAGAUAGCCUGUGCAUAUGCUGCAAGACAGACUCAAAGCAAGACUGCAGCAACAGUGUCAACACACAGCAUUCCUGCAGUAGCCGUGCCAUCGCAAAGCUUGCACCCCAUGUCAACGGCCACUUCUACAAACAACCGCGCAUACCCCGUGGUAGUUGGCGCAACAAAUCGCGACAUAACGAUCUGUGGAAUAGACAGCAAAGAAUUCAGGAGAGAUGGCAGCACCAAUCUGUGCAAGAUUCAGAUGCAGCUUGGAGGUGUUGGACGCAACAUUUCAGAGGGCCUCUUGAGACUUGGCAACAAACCCAUCUUUAUUACAGCCACGGGGAGAGAACUGACGAUUCAGUCAGCUUUACGCACAUCGCAGGCCUUGGAUGCAAGAGGCUUGAUUCACAGUGAUAAGUUGUCCACGGGUUCGUAUGUGGCAAUACUGAACCACGCUGGUGAGUUGGCAGCAGCUCUUGGAGAUAUGGAAAUCCACGACAGUCUCACGCCACAACACGUGUCGAUUUUCGAGGAAGAGUUGCGGAGUGCACCGAUCGUCUGCUUCGACGCAAACAUACCCCCCGAUACUAUACGCUACAUAUGCGAUGUUUGCGCAGAGGCCAAUGUUGCUGUGUGGUUUGAACCGACUGACACUCUGAAGGCAGCCAAUAUCAUUGAUGAGGCAGAAUCAUGGAGAUCAGUCACCUACACAUCGCCCAACGUAGCCGAGCUGCUCGUGAUGGGGGACGCUCUGGGUGUUACCCCACCUGCGUGGCAGAGUGAGGAUACUGCGGUAAGCAUUCCGACGCUGGCGGACCAGGUGAAGCUCAUCUGUAGACCGCUGAUUGCAACAUCGAUGAUGGCUGUGUUUGUGACACUGGGAGCGAGAGGCGUACUCGUGGCAACGACAGCAGAUAUAGAGCAGCCUCUCGCUGGAAAUGUGACUCAGGUAUCUGACAGAACAGAGAUGAGAAUCUACCACUAUCCGGCGUGUAAUAUGCAGGAGAAUGAGACCUGUGUCAGUGUGUCAGGAGCAGGAGACAGCAUGGUGGCAACUAUCAUCGCUGGCAUGUUGGAGAACAGAAGCUUGGACGACUGCGUGAAAGCCGGCUUGCUGGCCGCCGCCCAUUCGCUGCACACCCGUGAACCGAUACCCACAACUCUGACUCCCGCAGCGUUCACCGUAGCCUGCACGCGCAGCUUGUUGCCAUGGAAACCGCAGAUGAUCGCGAAAGAUUUGCUAUUCGCGAGGCGCGCGAGUAACCGCUAGGAGUCGUUUACGUAAAAUGAUUGGGUGAAAUUUUGGUGUGAAACCACCAGUCAGGCAUAGUAGGUCCAUGAGUGAUGCCACCAAAUAUGACUGCGAUUAUGAAAUGUUACUGGAGUGUUCUCUUAUUCACUUGUGUUCACUCAUACAGCAGCCAAUAGGCCGGUAAUUGUAUGACAUGUUAUGCUGGGCAGUUGUUGAGUGGCCGUUUGGUAUACACACGUAUGUACCUCUAGAAAGGUGAAUGCUGCUGGCCACAUUUCUGGCCACAUUUCCCGCGUUUUCGGAGUAAAAUUUGCUGACAAAACUCUCAUGUAUGAUUAGCAUGAGGGUAUACAGUGGUGCACUAACUAAGUCGUAUGUAUCGUCGUUAGUUCUGCUUCAUGACCCUGCAGUCUUUCACUCUUGUAUGUUGUGUGUCCAUUCUUUGCUAGCGUUUGUAUUCCUAUAAGAAUCUUUCUAGAAACGAAUCGGGUAUUGUAAGGGAAAAAAUAAAAUGAUACAUUUGCUGUAUGCAGUGAUUUGUACAAUUUUAUCAUAGAAUCAUUGGAGGUCUUCUUUAAUGUAGGAAGGAAUUUCAAUACCCAUUUAUCAUGGCGUAUACAAGACGUGCUGGCUGGUUAAUAUCAGAAAUAAUUCUAAACAAAGUUGAUGUCUGCAUAAACUUUACUGUUAUGUUUCAUGCAGCUUACAUUUUCUGUGCAGUUUUAUACGUGGUAUGUGCCAAAAAUCAGUGCAAUGUUAAAUUCCGUGGAAUGACGACGAAAUAUAAACGUGCCAAAUUAUCUGCUUAGUUAUAAUGCUAUACUCACUUCACCUAUCCUCUUCGAGUCUCGUAGCAAGAGGCUGCAGUUGUCUAUGAUUGUACCGUUUGCAGUUUUUGUAACUGGUGCCUUUAACUGCGGAAGGGUAGUUGAACGAUCGCAAACCUUCAGUGACGGCACUUUUGUCUGGCAGCUUCGCUCAUAGGGUCUAUGUCCCCCAGGGUACUGCAGGAACGUACCCUGGUAACUAUCUGAUAUGGUUAGGGUUA